CUUGCUCUGUUUAACCAUUUUGCAAUGGCAAGGAGAAAGGGAAAUCCCCAAAGUCUUGAUUGUGAAAUAUAUAAUCAGAGUCCUUUGCAGGUAAGGGAAAUCCCCAAAGUCCUGAUUGUGAAAUAUAUAAUCAGAGUCCUUUGCAGGUUUGCCAAGGCUUACAAGGUAGUUGGGCAUGUUCUUUCUUCAAAGAGCACAAGGUAUUUCAGCUUUGGCGAUGAGUUCAUAGGCAAAUCAUGCAGUUCCCUCCCCACCGAUGUUCCAAAAGGUCACUGUGCAGUAUAUGUUGGUAGUGAACGCUCUAGGUUUAUAAUCCCCACUAAGUAUUUGAAUCAUUCCCUUUUCCGAGAAUUGCUAGCUAAGGCGGAGGAAGAGUAUGGGUUUGAUCAUAAGAUGGGACUCACUAUUCCCUGUGAGGAAGUUGCUUUCCAGCUUCUGACAUCAAUGUUGGAGAAAAAGGAGUUGAGAUUUAGAAAUAUGGAGCUGAAUAAGCUCAUUGAUUUCUGCUCCUCGAGGGGAUGAGAUACUGGCAUUGCAGAGUGUAAGCCUCCUCUGACUUUCGUGCCAUAUCUGAGGACUCUUGCUUCCGCCCAUUUUUCCAAGAGUUGGCUGAGAUGAAAACAGAGGCUCGAUAAGGAACCAAAGCCAUGCAGCACAUCGAUUUUUUUGUGUCGAUGCCCAAUUGAGGCCACCUUCCCCGCAGUGUGCACAUCUGUACAUUUUUAUAUACGAUAUUGAUUUCAAGAUUGUUCUCA